AUGACAACCGCCAAAGUGUUCAUCAUGAAUACCUCCACAAACGGCACAGAUCUGCUGCUUGUCAACAAAACCAGGGUUUUAUUAGAGAUAUCGGCCGACACGGUAAUCGCAUGGGCAAUAACAGUGUUCCUGCAGUCAUACAGCGGCGCGGUGCUGAAUAUCGUGAUGGCUUGUUUGAUUCUGGCUAGUCGGCGUUUGCGUACCGGAUGCGGCCUGUUAAUUGGCCACUGCCUAAUCGCCCACACAGCGCUGUGCUUGAUCUGCUAUCCGAUGGGAGCACUGUCGACUUACGGGAAAGUCGUCAAUCACUGGACAACAAAUCCGUUGUACUGCAGCAUUACCAUGUGGAUCCAAAUGAGCUGCCGCUACAGCAGCAACUGGAUCGAGACCUACAUUGCCGGCAACCGCAUGGUGGCGCUCUGCCUGCCCUUCAAGUACCGCGCCUUCUCCAGUGGGCGCCGGCAGAAUGCAACUCUGGCCGUCAUCUGGAUAUGUUCAACUUGUCUUGCGUCACUAGGCUGCUUCAGUAUGGGUGUGGAUUACCCGGCGCUUCCCAUGGGAAAGUGUGGGCUGCUGCCAAAAGAUGCUUUCGGCCAGUUGACCAUGACUGCCGGGUACUACCUCCCGCUGGCCGCGGGGACCGCCUGUUAUAUUCUGGUGUACAGAAAGAUGUUAGCCGACUACCUCAAGCGGAGAAGAGGACUAGUGCCGGACAGAAGCGAGGAGCACAAGAGGCGGAAACUGCGAAAAGCCAAUAUGGUUUUCGUGGCCUUUCUUUUUAAUCUUGCGUGCUAUUUAAUGUGGCCGAUUGUUCUGGCGAUGGCACCGAACCUUGCCAAAGGCCCAGUGGUACCACUGGUUCUGGGAAACGUGCAGGUCAUGGGUUAUGCGAUGAAUCCGGUAAGAGCAGUUGCAGUAGCGCCAAAAUUACGCAGAGAAAACGAACCCACUGGAAAAUGA